AAAUGGGAAAUAAACUGUCAAAAUGGAUAGCUGUGAAAGACGAAUCUAUCCCCAAACACACGGAUCAUGUAGCAGAAAAGCUGAGAGAAAUCCCCAUACACAAUGAUGAAAGUAGUUGUAUCAGUGUCAGUCACUUGUGUUCCUCCUCAGAUGGAACGACAUUUUGGGCUAGUGAUUGUGAUGGGAGUCUGACACAUUUGGACAAGGAAGGGAAUGUUCUGACUCGUGUAUCCAUAGCCAGAAGUGACGGGGGUUCUUUCACCGCCACAACUGGAUGUCUGGGUGUGAUGUACGUAGACUUUCACGAUAAAGCUGUGUACAAACUCUGCACCGAUAUGUCCACUGAGAUUCUGGUAAGCACGGGAGAUUGGAAUCCAACUGCCAUCUCAUCCUCUCGCUUUGCAGUUGGUCAUGACGAAAGUUUACUUGUCGGGAUGAGAAAGGGCCAUUCUUGUAAGAUAACCAGAUACAGCAAAGAUGGGAAGUCGGUCCAGAACAUCCGAAAGAAGAGUGUACUCAAAGAUUUGUACAAAAGUAUAGACUGUAUCACGGAAAACAUUAAUGGCGACAUCUGUGUAUCGGACGCUUUGUCCUACUCGGUGGUAGUGGUGACUGGAUCAGGCCGGUACCGGUUCUCGUACUUUGGCCAAAGGUCCCAGGAGACCUUCACCCCGUGUGGAAUCUGUACGGACGUCCUUGGACAGAUUGUGGUGUGUAACGAUUCUUUUUCGUUCAGACCUAACUGUUCCAGCGUCCAUCUCUUAGACAAGGACGGUAACUUUCUGUGCCUUCUUCUUAAACCGGAGCUUUGCCCGAUAAGUCCGAGUGCAGUAUGCAUUGACGAUGAACACAACUUGUUGCUUGGGAGCCGACAUAGUUCUUAUACUGUUGUGUACAAAUAUCUUCAAAGCAAGGACCUAGUCUCAAGUUACUCUUAAAAGUGUGAUUACAAUUCUUUUUGUCUUACAGCUUAACAAACGUUACAUGUAAGGUAAUUAUUUAUUUUUAUGUAAAACAUCAUGUAAUUAAGGUAAUUAGAGAUGUAAGAACUAUGUAAA